ACCUCCUACCUUCCUUCUCAUCUUCCUCCCUUAUCUUCUUCUUCUUCUUCUUCUGCAUCAUCUUCAUCUUCAUCUAGAGAGAGAGAGAGAGAGAGAGAGAAACAAAUUAAAGAUUUCUAGAGAGAGAAAAUUAAAUGGGAAACUGUCAAGCAGUAGAUGCAGCUGCACUUGUAAUACAACAUCCAAAUGGAAAAAUAGACAGAAUGUAUUGGUCUGUAAGUGCAAGUGAGAUCAUGAAGAUGAAUCCAGGCCACCAUGUUUCUAUCAUCAUCCCAUUGCCUCCUGAAGAUGGUAAAACCAUUCGAUUUACUCGUGUUAAGCUUCUUCGACCCACCGAAACCCUCGUUCUUGGUCGAGCUUAUCGUCUUGUUACUACUCAUGAGGUUAUGAAGGUUUUGAGAGCAAAAAGGCAUGCAAAGAUGAACAAGAAGAAUUUGCCGGAAUCAAUGGCGGAUAACCACCCUACUUCAGUCGUCGACGACACCAACGACCACCACCAGGUUGAAGGACAUGAAAGAAUGUUCAGACAAAGGUCUGGAUCUUCGUCGAUAUUUGCAGCUUCGAGAUCAAAAUCAUGGCGGCCAUCUUUGCAAAGUAUCUCAGAGGCUGCUAAUAAUGCUAGUAGCUCAUGAUCAUGGUACUUCAGUACAUUUUUUUUUACAGUGGGAUUAUCGAUCAUCAAGAUUCAAGAAACUAAAAAAGCAGUAAUGGCAGUUACACUUUGAUUCAUGACAUGUAUAUUAAUCUUGUAAAAGACAUGUUAAUAUUGAGUUCAAAGUUGCCUUCUUUUUUUCGAGAUUUUUUCGUUGUAAAUAAACCGUUAUUCUUAUAAAAUCGUAAGAAUAACAUUACAUUUUGUGAGCGUCUUCUUUAGCAUGUUAAAUGCGUGAUUUUGAAAAACUAUAGCCCAACUCGGGGGUUUUCUAAUUUAUAUUAGAAGAAAAGGGGAAUCUAUGUCGCUAUCGUCUCUGUAA